UUUUUUUUUUUUUUUUUUUUGGCUCAGGCCAGUAUCUUAAGUGCAAGACUGAAUUAAUAAGGAGAAGACAUUAAAUGUAGCCAUAGAGGACUGAGGAGCACAGGUGGCCUUGGAGAGGCUGAGAGAAUGUUGUUAGGUUUCCCUCCCUUUUGUCUCCAAUUGGUGCCACGUAGAGGAAUGGAAAGGAGACAGUUUAUUUUUUUAUUCUAUGUGCACACAUACAGUAUACAUAUAUAUUUAUAUCACAAUUUAAGAAACCAAAAAGUUGAGUUUCCAAUGAGAUCCUUGUUUUUUUAAUAAUUGACUUUUUAAAUGUGAUCAGGACUAUAAUAUUGUACAGUUAUUAUAGGGCUUUUGGGGGUGGGGAGGGGUGGGAGAAGAUGCUCUGGGGGUUUUGUUUCUGCUUUUCCUUCAGGGUUUUAUUUUUGAUUUUUUUUUUUUCUUCUUGUUGGCCAUUUCUGUACUGCUGGCAUCUGUGCUGAGCCUUACAACAGUGGCAAAAAUAAUGACAUGUAGCAAAGAUUUUAAAACAAAAUAUUUUUUCCUUUUGUAAACUCUCUUGUGUUGUGUGAUCUUGAUUUCAUCUUUAUUAUUCCUUCCCAGCUCAUAAAAAACAAACACCCACAGCCAGUUGAGUCCAUAGCAUGAUCUUCAGAUAUACAAACAUAAAGCACAGCAUGUCUAUAAUUUCAGGAAUCAGAAAUCAUAGGGCUCUGAUCACUCAGCAUUCCUUGGUUGUCCUCCUGAUCCUGACUCAUCCUGAGUAAAAUCAUCAGGGACAUCUGACCAUGGGAUGAGGGUUGGGGGAUUGCCCAGGUCCUUGGGAGAGGGGGACAGUUGGGACCGGAGAUCAGGAGGCACAUCUAGAUUCCUUCCCUCAGUAUGUCCUCUCUUCUGAAUUUAAAGAAAUUAGGGAUGGGGAGAUUUAAAACUACUCAAGUCUAGACCUGGUCUCCCUCUAGGACAGUGUUUUUAUUAGGAAAUCUUAAAACCUGUAAGUAUAAACGCGUGUUCUUGAGGGUCUGUGUAUGUAACCCAGCUAGUAAUGAAUCUAGAUUCCAUGUAUUAUCCUUUUUCCAAAGACCCUCUUUACUCUCCACCCCCCACAUAUUUAUGGAAGAAAACAUUUGGGGAUGUGGUUUGGGAAUGAACUAGAUUCUUAUGAUCUGUCACAUGCCUGGGUGUUGGGGGGAGAAGCAUUUGGAGACACUCAUAUGACUGGACCUGGAUUGGGGAUUUUAAUAAUUGAGAGAGACAAAGUUCAUCAGGCAUCCUACCAUCAGAGUUUUAGCAACGAAGAAGUCACAUGUGAAUUUGUCAGUGCUUGUGUUGAUUCAAGUGCUGUGAUAAAUAACCAGGAGUACUGUUUUUGGUUACUUUUGGAACUGGUUUCAUCUGGCCUUUCUGGGCGUAUCCUUCCUCAGCAAAACCGUGUUAAUUUGGGAAAGCUUUUCCCUUUCCUGAAAGCAAUGACAGUUUUUAACCAACUGAUUACAAAUGAUUUUGGAGCCUGUGGCUUCCCUUACAUACUCUUUUCUAGUCUUUUGUGUUCAUUUCCUCAUUCCUGAUGUGAGGGUAAUACACACAUUCAAAAAUUGAGGUUUAAAAUUAGGAGAGAAGGAUAAUAAUAGAUGUAAUCCCCAAAUAUUAUUUAUAACAUAUAUAUAUACACAUAUAUAUAUAUAUAUAUCAUGUAAUAAAAGUGAAAGAUGGGAGAGACUAGGACUGUAUUUGUCCCCCAAAGAGAAGGUAACCCCCAACUUGGGUAAUAUGUAUUGAAGCCUUUUUUUUUGGUCUGAUCUCAAAGGCAGACAGCAAUGUGAAAGUAAAUACCUAACAACUCCGCACCCUGGCCCACGUGCUCCACAUUCACACAGAAACGAUGCAAAUCCCCUGCCUCCUUCCCUCCUCCCUAAUCUCUCUUUCAGCAUUUCUAUCCCUACUGCCCUCCCCUAUCCAAAUUUUCCAGCCAGCAGCUAGAGCUGACUUCCGCAAUCCUGAUGGAAUAAAUCCAGCGCCCCUAGUCAUCCGUCCACAUUAUCCACACUUCCCUGCCGCGACGAGCCCAGAGAACAGAUCCCCAUCAGCAGGAUGUGGGGGCUCAAGGUUGUACUACUGCUGCCUGUGAUGAGCUCUGCUCUAUACCCUGAGGAGAUACUGGAUACCCAGUGGGAGCUAUGGAAGAAGACCUACAGGAAGCAGUAUAACAGCAAGGUGGAUGAAAUCUCUCGGCGUUUAAUUUGGGAAAAAAACCUGAAGCAUAUUUCCAUCCAUAAUCUUGAGGCCUCUCUUGGGGUUCAUACGUAUGAACUGGCCAUGAACCACUUGGGCGAUAUGACCAGUGAAGAAGUGGUUCAGAAGAUGACUGGACUCAAAGUACCCCCCUCUCAUUCCCGCAGUAAUGACACCCUUUAUAUCCCAGACUGGGAAGGCAGAACCCCAGACUCUAUUGAUUAUCGGAAGAAAGGAUAUGUUACUCCUGUCAAAAACCAGGGUCAGUGUGGUUCCUGUUGGGCUUUUAGCUCUGUGGGGGCCCUGGAGGGCCAACUCAAGAAGAAAACUGGCAAACUCUUAAAUCUGAGUCCCCAGAACCUGGUGGAUUGUGUGUCUGAGAAUGAUGGCUGUGGAGGGGGCUACAUGACCAAUGCCUUCCAGUAUGUGCAGAAGAACCGUGGCAUUGACUCAGAAGAUGCCUACCCAUACGUGGGACAGGAUGAAAAUUGUAUGUACAACCCAACAGGCAAGGCAGCUAAGUGCAGAGGGUACAGAGAGAUCCCUGAGGGAAAUGAAAAAGCCCUGAAGAGGGCAGUGGCCCGAGUGGGACCUGUCUCUGUGGCCAUUGAUGCAAGCCUGACCUCCUUCCAGUUUUACAGCAAAGGUGUGUAUUACGAUGAAAACUGCAAUAGCGAUAAUCUCAACCACGCGGUCUUGGCAGUGGGAUAUGGGAUCCAGAAGGGAAAAAAGCACUGGAUAAUUAAAAACAGCUGGGGAGAAAACUGGGGCAACAAAGGCUAUAUCCUCAUGGCUCGGAAUAAGAACAACGCUUGUGGCAUUGCCAACCUGGCCAGCUUCCCCAAGAUGUGACUUCAGCCAGGCAACCUCAUCCUGCUCUUCCAUCCCUUCCAUGAUGGUGCAACUUACUGAUGUACUUCAGAAGGGAACUGGUGUGUCUUUCCUGAAGCAGAUGUAGUGAUACAGAGCUGGUCCAUCGGUUUCCCUCCUUGUUAGUACUUCAAGUGACACUCCUACUACUUUUCUGCUCUCCACCCCAAGGUCUUUAUUUUUUCAUUGUGGCCAGACCAGAGCUUUCCCUAACAGGUAUACAUUCUUAGGCUAGGAGAUGUGACCACAGUCUGCCCUGUGUUGUCCUGGGCUGAUGCUGUGUAAAUAGAAGCUAGAGAUCUUCAGAUAGGCUAGAUUCUCAUAUACAGGGACUAGAUAGCUUUAACCACUCUAGAGGACUAAGGUGACCUGACUUCUCAGUCUCCACAUUUACUUCUCUAUCUUCAAGAUAGAAAUUGCCCCUCAAUUAAUAAAUCUAGUCAUAAAUCUUUGGUACAAGCUUACAUAUACAGCAAAUGUGUUUUCUUUUUCCUUCUUUGCAUUUUUAAAGUAAACUGUAUUUAUCUCUUGUCUAUAAUUUAAUAAAUAGCUCUUUAAUAAACAUUC